AUGAAGACUGGCACUGCAGUGUGGUUUGCAGCUAGCCUGAGUGCCUUGUGUGUGACCGCCGCGCAGCUUCAGUUUCCAUUCGCACUGCGCGAUGGCGGCGCAGCAGGUUUCUCGCGGAUUGUGGUCUUUGGUGACUCGCUGGUAGACAACGGCAACGGCACAUACUUGUUCACAAACAAGACGUGGCCGUCAGACCCGGCGUAUAUGAAUGGUCGCUUCAGCAAUGGCGAAACAUGGCCAGAACAGCUAGCGAGUCUUAUGCAAGUCCCACACGUUGAUGACUUUGCUUACGGGGGUGCCACAACCAACAAUAGUGUGGCUCAGGGUAUGUCUGGCUACAAUGAGUCGAUUGCUGUGCCGGACGUGCGAGCACAGCUGCAUGAAUACAUGGAGUCAGUGCACGGCAAAGUCGAUCGAAAUGCGCUGUACAUAUUGUCGGGUGGCUCCAACGAUGUCUAUUAUGGUACGAAAGAGACGCUGAACAUCUGGAGGCUGGGCAACCAGUGCGCUGCAACGCUGAAGCGGUUGGCACAGUAUUUGAUCGAUCUUGGCGCUACAACGAUUAUGAUUCCGACACUUGUGGAUGGCAGCAAGGUGCCAUCGACAACACAGUACAGCAAUGUAAUUGAUCAGGUUGGUGGAGCUGCAUAUAUCAAACACUUCAAUACGAAGCUGCAGGAUGCCGUGCAGGAGCUGCAAAGCCAAAACAAUCAGAAGGCACGUAUCGUACUAGUGGAUCUGUACGAGCGAGGCCGAGAGAUCCUCGCGCAUCCGGGAGAGUAUGGGAUCAAGAACACAGAAGAUGCAUGUCUUGUCGGUACGACCAAAGUGGAAAAGCAAAAGGGCGUUACGCGCCAUGUGUGCUCGGAUCCGGAUUCGUACUUCUACUGGGACAUUUUCCAUCCUACGGCACACACUCAUCAGCUUCUGGCACAGACUGCACAGCAGGUAUUGCAAGAACGCGAAUAA